AUGAAUAGGAUCACCGUUGUGCUCGCUAUUGUCGGAGCUGUGCACACGUUUCCUGGAGUUGGACCUGUAAUUCCACAACAGCUCGGAGCAACAGCUGUGCACACGUUUCCUGGAUGGAAUCCUGCUGAUGGAGUUGGACCUGUAAUUCCACAACAGCUCGGAGCAACAGGAAAAACAAAAUGUAAAUCGCGAAUGGGUGGGACAGUUCCAGCUGUAGUUCCAGAAGGAGUGAACAAUGGCAAUCCAGCUCCCAGGCCUAUCGGAAUACUACUUCCCCCGAAUAGACCUCUAUUUCCACCAAUGGGACCUCCACCUCCACCAAUGGGACCACCACCUCCACCAAUGGGACCACUACCUCCACCAACGAUGGUGGUUCCCAUUGGUGGAGUGUGCGGGUCAGCCCAU